UACUGUGAAGGGUGAAUGAUAUUCAAAUUAUACCUAAAAUUAUACUCGAGUUAUAUGCCUUCGAGGGAAGCCCUCAAGUCCGUCAAGACUCCUUGUUCUUAUCCUCUUCUUUUAUUUUACCUACUUUCUCUACACCACGAAUGCCUUGGUAGUCCGCAAUUCUAUCAAAUAUGAAGCAAAUAACUAACGUUCUUCUUGUUCACAUCCUCGCCGCGAUUGCAAGCGGUGCACCUCAUCCUCAUCCUCAGGAGCAAAAGAACCACAAUCCUCCCAGGAAAGCACCGACAUUUGGACCAGGUGCCCCAUUGUUUCCACAAUCUCUCAUUAAAGUUCCCCAGUGGCUUACGACGGAGCAAGAACUUCAACCCAAGUCUAUUUUCCCGGACGUAACUUCUUCAGAUGGAUUCAUAUUCCUCUCUCCGCCGGGCGCAAUCCUGAGUUCCUCGAUAACAACCACCGCGGUCAUUCCUUUGGUAUCUGUGUUGACCACUUCCUCUAUUUUGGGUACUGUGCAAGUUACAGUACAAGUUCUUCCCUCCCCUAGCACUCAAACUCCCGCCACAACAGGAUCUGUUCUUUCUAGUCUUGAAACUUCUGGCCACGCUACGGUUCCUCCUAUUCUAACAUCUUCCAUCCCCUCACCUACCACUCAACUCGUUCCCACUGCACCAACACCUGUCAAUCAUAUGAUGAAUACAGUUGCAGCAGACUCGAAUAUCUUCCAACCAAUCGACACUUCACCUCCACCAUCUAAUUUAGGCUCCCGUUCGGAUCAUCCAGUACCUCGCCUAGGAAUAAAAUCGCAGCGUGCGCCUCGUGAUACCAACAAAUUUUACGCUAAUUUCUUUCUUGGGAGUCAGACAGCGCCAGCCUGGACGCAUCCAUAUUCAGUGGCGUGGUCCAAAGGAGGAGGCGCGACCAAAAGUUGGGGAAUGACUAUUGUUCAUAUAGAUGCCGACCAAAGAGUGUUUGGACCUAAUGCUGCAGCGUAUCCUGCUUCAUACUUCAUAAAUCCCAUUGGCAUACAAUCUUUGGUGCUUUCUGCGACCCAACUGGGUGCAACGACGACUCUGACAACCGACACUCUGACUGCUCUGUCAGUAAAUGUUAAUUUAAGUCCGUCUCCAGGAGCUGACCCUGCUAUUGUUUUCCCUUUGGUUCAAGGAAUGGGUUUUGUGACAGCUAUCUUUGCUGGUGCUACACCAAUUUUACAAAGUGGAAUUCUUUUCCGAACAUUAACUUUAGAUCCAACACCUCCAAAGUCAGGGAUCACGAAAUACUCAAUAAUGCUUGAGGAUGGAAAGACAUGGCUGUUAUAUGCCUAUUCACCCUCUGGACAAAAUCUUGCACUUACAGUUGUAAACAAUGGACUCGUUCAGGCUACUAGCGGCUUCAACGGACUUAUCCAGAUUGCAAAGAGCGGAAGUUCUGCGCAUGAAGCUAUGUUUGAUGAAGCAUGUGGUGCUUAUCCACUUUCUGCAAGCCUCUCGGGUCAUGUAAAUGGUGCUGUUGGUUCCUACACCAUUGCUUUCAACAAGGGUGGAUUGAGUAGUACAACCUUGGCAAUGUUUGCUUUGCCACAUCAUUUGGAGUCUUUUGACAAUAACACUAUUUGCGGUGUGAUCAAUGGAGUACAGCUAGCUACAACAACUAAGGGUAUGGCGACAGCUAUCCUGGCUGAUUCCUGGACAUUGGAGGAGGACCUACCGCUUAGUUUGAACUUCGCGCCCUGGAGUCCGGCAAGAGGAAGUUCGAAUUCAAUUUCAGCAGCUGCUAUUUCUACCAUCGCAAGUAUUGCUGCUAGCGAGAUAUCGCAAAAUAUGACGGCGCAAACGGACUUGAAUUCUAUGUAUUAUAGUGGAAAGGUAUGUAUGCCUCAACGAUAUCCGUCUACCAUUUUAUUAACCUUGUAUAGGCGCUUGCCAAAUUCGCUGGGAUUGUAUAUGCACUUCAUGAUUUCGUUGGAAAUAAAGCUUUGGCACAAGCAGGUCUUAAUACCCUGAAGCAAAACUUCGCGUUAUUUGUUAAUAAUCAGCAACAAUUUCCCCUCGUAUACGAAAGUGAGUUAUUUGCGCUCUCAAUCCAAUGCAGGAAACUAAUUAGAUCAGCCGCGUGGGGAGGUAUUGUCUCUACCGCAUCAUACGUAACUGGAGAUUCAGGUGUUGAUUUCGGAAACACAUACUACAAUGACCAUCAUUUCCACUACUCUUAUUUUGUCUAUGCAGCUGCCAUUAUUGGAUACCUUGACCCGAGCUGGCUAGCAGGUAACAAAGCCUAUAUAAAUGCAAUGGUACGAGAUUACGCCAAUCCUUCAACUGCGGACAAUUACUUUCCCGUUUCCCGAAAUUUCGAUUGGUACCACGGACACUCUUGGGCCCAUGGUCUCUAUGAAACUUUCGAUGGAAAAGACGAAGAAUCCUCAUCCGAGGACUCUUUGUCAGCCUAUGCAAUUAAAAUGUGGGGGCGCACAAUAGGAGACUCAAACAUGGAAGCGAGAGGAAAUCUACAACUCGCAGUUACGGCCCGUUCCUUGCAAAACUACUUCCUAUACGAAUCCUCAAACACAGUUCAACCGGCUAAUUUCAUCGGAAACAAAGUAUCUGGAAUUCUUUUCGAGAAUAAAAUUGACCAUACCACAUAUUUUGGAGGCGCGCCGGAGCUCGUCCAAGGAAUUCAUAUGCUUCCUCUGCUUCCGCAUUCGACACUUACGAGGACGGAAGAAUUCGUUACGGAGGAAUGGAAUACGUAUUUCUCGAAUGGAAGAGCUGAUCAGGUAGUUGGGGGUUGGAAGGGCGUUUUAUAUGCUAAUUUAGCGCUUAUCGAUCCUCGCACUUCUUGGAAUUUCUUUGCGCAGGCAGGCUUUGAUGCAAGUUGGUUAGAUGGAGGAGCAAGUCGUACGUGGUAUUUGGCUUUGGCUGCUGGUAUGUUUCUUCUCUCGUUCUUUUAUGUCUUUUCCCAGUCUGGUGAGGUAGAAUGCGUUCUAAUGAGAUUAUAGGACUUGGAGGCUCGCCAUGAUUUGAGGAGGGAAAGUGAGAUGAUAGAGGACUAUCGAUUUACAGUUUGAAGAUCAAUGCUGGCAUGCUUGAAACUGGGUUGGAACUUACAGAAUAUGUAUACGGGACGCAACGAUACCAUAAGAUUGGAAGAAGAUAAUAGUGAUGGAUUUAUGUGGCCAUUCGGAAGUCUUUUGAGGGACUGACUAUUCCCAAGGCUACUUUUUUCUAUUCAUGGAAUACCUAGAAAU